AUGACUGCGUUGGAUGAGUCAAUGGGGCGUGUGCUGGGACAGCAUGAUGAGUCCAGAAAAGGGAAACGGGCCAUCUACUACUUAAGCAAGAAGUUCACAGCGUGUAAAAUGAACUACUCUUUGCUCGAGAGGACAUGUUGUGCCUUGGUGUGGGCAGCUCACCUUCUAAGGCAGUACAUGUUGAACAACACCACUUGGUUGGUGUCCAAAAUGGAUCUAGUCAAGUACAUCUUUGAAAAACCCACUCUCACUGGAUGGAUCACUCGGUGGCAGGUUCUACUAUCGGAAUUUGACAUUGUUUAUGUCACUCAAAAGGCGAUAAAGGGGAGCGCCUUGGCAUAUUACCUGGCUCAACAACCCAUCAACGACUACCAGCCUAUGCAUCCAGAAUUCCCUAAUGAAGACAUCAUGACCUUGUUUGGGGAGGAAGUAAAGGAUGAAGAUAGGGACAAAUGGAUUGUGUGGUUUGACGGUGUGUCUAAUGCACUAGGCAAUGGAGUUACGACAGUUUUGGUUUCCUCGACGACAAUAAACUUCAAGGUGAAGUUGCUCAAGGUAUAUGGGGACUCAACCUUGGUAAUCCACCAGUUGAGAGGGGAAUGGGAGACCAGGGAUCAUAAGUUGGUACCCUACCAGGCCUACAUCAAGAAUUUGAUAGAAUUCUUUGAUGACAUAUCCUUUCAUCACAUUCCUAGAGAGGAGAAUCAGAUGGUCGAUGCCCUUGCCACUUUAGCGUCCAUGUUUCAGCUAACCCCAUAUCGAGAUUUGCCAUACAUUGAGUUCAGAUGUUGUGGCAAGCCUACACAUUACUGCUUACUAGAAGAAGAAAAGGACGGUAAACCUUGGUACUUCCAUAUCAAACGAUACAUCAAAGACAAGGAGUACCCGCAGGAGGCCUCUGACAACGACAAGAGAACGUUACAAAGGUUGACAGCCGAUUUAUUCCUGAGCGGAAAUAUCCUGUACAAGAGGAACCAUGACAUGGUGUUGCUUCGAUGUGUGGAUGUUAGGGAGGCUGAGCAGAUGCUGGUAGAGGUGCAUGAAGGAUCCUUUGGAACACAUGCCAAUGGACAUGCCAUGGCCCGAAAGAUUCUGAGAGCAGGGUAUUACUGGCUCACUAUGCAGAACGAUUGUUGCAUCCAUGUAAGGAAAUGCCACAAGUGCUAG